CUCCACCCAGCUGCCUGGCGCGCAGGUAGCCCGGCUUUUGCUCUGCAGAGGGCUGUGCGUUCGAGGCCAGCACACAAAGACUCACUUCCUCCGGGCCAGCUUCCUAGACUGCUUUGCCCAUCACUGGAGGCCGGUGGCAUUCCAGAGGCCACCACCAGACCAUCGAGUGCCCGGGUGCCAGGUACUUGGGAGCAGAGGCCGUUCUGGGAGUCCUUGGAGCGGCUCAGCUGGUGAAGACUGAAGCCAGGAUUAGCACGCCUUUUUAGGCAGCCGCGCCGCCCCGCGGAGCGGAGUCUGCAAUCGCUGUGAGAGAAGCAAGCUCUGCGUCUCCAGAGCGUCCCCUCCUGCGCUGGCCGCGGGGCAAGCUGCGGGCCGGGGCGCGCACGGGAGGCCGAUCAACUCCCCAGUGCCUAGCCGGCAGGUUUUGUCCACCUUGCAGUGCUUUAGAACCAACCCCAAGGUGAAGUGCUAGCCCAAAGAUCUGCAAUGAAACCACACUUGAAGCAAUGGCGACAACGAAUGCUCUUUGGAAUAUUUGUUUGGGGGCUCCUCUUUUUGGCAAUUUUCAUCUACUUCACCAACAGCAAUCCUGCUGCUCCUAUGCCCAGCUCCUUUUCCUUCCUGGAGAGCCGUGGGCUCCUGCCUGUACAGGGCAAGCAGAGAGUCAUCAUGGGGGCUUUACAAGAGCCCUCCUUGCCCAGAAGUUUGGAGGCAAGCAAAGUGCUGCUGGACGGCCACCCUGUGAACCUCUUCCACAGCUGGCCUGGGGACCCACAGAAAUGGGACCAGGCUCAAGAUGGCUUUGGGGAUGAAUUUUUUACAUCCCAGGUCGGGAGGAAAUCGCAAAGUGCUUUGUAUCCCGAGGAAGACAGCUACUUUUUUGUUGCGGGUCAGCCUGGGUUGUACCACCACAGACAGGGUGCACUGGGGCUGCCAUCUCCAGGAGAGACAUGGCGGUCAGGACCUACCCAGCCCAAGCAGAAGCUGCGCCACUCAAGGCGAGCCAGCUUGCUUGAGGAAACCUAUGAUAGCGACAUGCUGUCUGCCUCCAUGUCCAGAGCUUUCCUGUACCGGCUCUGGAAGGGGACCGUGUCCUCUAAGAUGUUGAACCCACGCCUGCAGAAAGCCAUGCGCUACUACAUGUCCUUCAACAAGCAUGGUGUGCGCUUCCGCAGGCGGAGGCGGCGAGAGACUCGGCGUACAGGGCCAGAGCUGCUGUGCGAGAUGCGCAGGCGUGUACGUGUGCGUACAUUGGACGGCAAAGAGGCGCCCUUCUCGGGGCUGGGCUGGCGGCCUCUGGUACCAGGUGUGCCUCUGAGCCAGUUGCACCCGCGCGGUCUGCGCAGCUGCGCAGUUGUCAUGUCUGCCGGUGCCAUCCUGAACUCCUCUUUGGGGGAGGAAAUCGAUUCUCAUGAUGCAGUUUUGAGAUUUAACUCUGCCCCUACACGUGGCUAUGAGAAAGAUGUCGGAAAUAAAACCACAGUACGCAUCAUUAAUUCUCAGAUUCUGGCCAACCCCAGCCAUCACUUCAUUGACAGUUCUUUAUAUAAAGAUGUUAUCCUGGUAGCCUGGGAUCCAGCUCCUUAUUCUGCCAAUCUUAACCUGUGGUAUAAGAAGCCAGAUUACAACCUUUUCACUCCAUAUAUUCAGCAUCGCCUGAAAUACCCAACUCAGCCAUUUUACAUUCUUCACCCCAAAUUUAUAUGGCAGCUUUGGGACAUUAUCCAGGAGAACACAAGGGAGAAGAUACAGCCCAACCCACCAUCUUCUGGUUUUAUUGGAAUCCUCAUCAUGAUGUCCAUGUGCAAAGAGGUACACGUGUAUGAGUACAUCCCAUCUGUCCGGCAGACAGAGCUUUGCCACUACCAUGAGCUGUACUACGAUGCAGCCUGCACCUUGGGGGCCUACCACCCACUGCUCUAUGAAAAGCUACUGGUGCAGCGCCUUAACACAGGCACCCAGGCAGAUUUGCAUCACAAGGGCAAGGUGGUCCUGCCAGGCUUCCGUACACUGCGGUGCCCAGUAACCAGCCCCAACAACACACACUCUUAAAAUGGAACUCUUGGGAACUGAUGUGCAAUAAGGUACUACUGUUGUCCUCAAAGUCACACAAAAAAAAUACUUGAAGACAGAUUUAAGACAAUGUAUUGUCUUUAACUGUAACUUAGUGGCCAUGAGAAUUCUUUCUAGUCUAAGCCUUUGGGUAACUAUUACUGCUAUGAAUAUAGAAAUGGAAUUUUAAAACCACCUAGAAAGAAGCCAAAUCAAAAUACACAGAAAACAGAUUUUUACUCAUGGGCAUGAUACCUCUAAACAUGUUAACCUCUAUAGCAGAGACACUUUAUCACAGUUGGUUCUAGCCACAUGUUGGAAUGAUACUACUGAUGAUACAGUUUCCAUCUAGAAAUAUCCAAGUUGAGGUCCUAUAGCUAGCAAUCACUUAUACCUCCAUAUCUCAUUAAGCAUCCUGGAAUCUAUGAUGAAUGUCUGAAUUCUCAAUCAGAUGUGUUUGACAUUUCUCCAUAUAUCCUGUCAGGCACAUACAUGAUUUUCAACAAGAGCUUCACAGCUUUGCUUCCCAGUGAUCUCUGAAUGUUACAACUGAGAACCAAGCCACACUUACAAAAGUAAAAGUCAUCCAUAUCAAGCAAUCUAAGAUGUCAAACGAAACUUCUAGCAGCAAAGAACAGCAGCAUUGUCUGCCUGCAGCAUACUGUACCUGGCCAGCAACACUUAGCACACAGAUGGCAGUACAGGUGGUCUGUGCAGGGUCAUGACUGGUCAUGUCCCUACCCUGGCUUGUCAACUUUAUAUUCCUGGUAUUCAGAUCACUCUGUAGCUCUCACAUAUGCAGUGACAUGCUGAGCAGUAAGUGCAUCCCUGCAGGUCGACCAUGAGACACCUUUGUUCCUUUCAAGCUAUAAAGAAUGGCUUUUAAGCAUGCACUCUGAGCUGCAUAGGAUGCACACUUCCCUGUCAGUUCUAUAGGAAGCUCUUGUAGGCUUUUCUCAACUAUUAGAAACUUGACCCUCCUGCUCUGAAUGUUGCCUAAACAGCUAGGAAUCCACCGUUGUUUUGCCGGUAUGUUUUUUUGUUAAGAAUGUGAUGGAGCCACAGAAUUGCUCUUUAACAAAGUGAAUCUAUGUGUGACAGAUGCACAGGCAGGAGAAAGUGUUCUUCCCAGUGUGUAGCUGUGUUCAGAUUUUUAAACAAGCCUCCUGUUAUUAACAUCUUUUUUGUGUGCUUCUUGUUUGUGUUUCUAAAAAGAUAGUGGAAGAGAGGCACUUUAGGAUUCCAUAACUAAACAGGAAUAUCAAAUCAAAGCAGCUCAGUUAGGAUUUUUUUGAAAAUGACAUCAGUUUAAUUAAAUGUACCACCCUGCUUUCUUGCAAAAUGUGUGGCUAUCAAAGUAUUGUAGGAAAAAAUGUUUCAUUAUGAGUUUGUUCUGGAAUGCUCUAAUGAUUACUUCCUGAGGAAGCAGGUUUUCAGAGACUACCAGUUUCUGUUUGGGUAUUGCCCCCUGCAGAGUUCAAGUGGGACUGCAGAUAUCCUCAGUGGCUUGCUACAGCAGGAAGUGAGAGAAGUUGAGCUUUCAGUUAUGACAGCCCAUUCUGAGUGACUGAGUAUCAUCUACUCAGCCUGGUCCAACCAUGUAAUCUCAUGAAAGCUCGGCCUUGUCACCAUGCUGCCAUGUCUAAUCAUCUCUGUAACUCUAUCAGAGAUACCGCUCAUGUAGGAUGAGCAUUUUCUUCUGUGGUCCUUGGAGCUUUCUUCCAGCUUUUGAAAUUUUAAAUGAUCAUAACCAGUAAGUUUUUUUAGAGUCCUGAAGGGGAUUCACUUACAGGCAUACUUAUUAUCUAUGACAAUAUCCUUUGGUGGCCUGAGAAUUUGGUUAGAGAAUAACUUAUUGAGGUCAGUGUAAAUAUUUAAAUUCAAAAGCUCCACAAAAUACAUCAAAGGUUGUUAAAUAUUAUUCUGUUUCUGCACAUGUACUUUUAAAAGGCUUCUCUCAGUUUUACAAGGGUUACAAGGAGACUGAAGAGCAUAAAGAAAAUUUAAUUAAUCUUUUUGAGUUUAUUAUGGCCCUAAAGACUUGUGGGAAUCAGAGUCUGUUAAAUAUUCAGAAAAUAUGGUGUACAUAUUAAUAUGCUGUUGGCUAGGCACUCUUGUAUUUAAAAGUUUAAAUAGCAGAUGCUCGCAAUAAUGCUUGCACAAUGCUGGCUAAUAUGAUGGCUGCUUCUUGUGUUAAUGAAAUAGGUCCCAACUAGCAAUAUUUUGCCAGACAUUGAUUAAAUACUUCAACACCACAUUUACUAUCCUUAGAUGAACCAACAGUACUUGUGGAAUAGCAACAUUGACCACCCUCCCACAUCAUUUCCUUCUGACUCUGGCUCUGGCUCUUCCAGAACUGUCUGGCCUCUUCUGUGAAAGGACUCUGGUUGGAUUUUCAUGGUGCCACCAGAAGCUACCCGGUGCUGCUUGUUCCCUGAAAACUAACAGAUGUCAUAGUCCUUUGUGUUUUGAGAAAACAUCACUAUUUCUUGUUAUUAUUAUUGUUCUUAUUACAAAGACACUAGCGUUGUCCAAAAAUGACAAAUCAUCCACUUCAAGACUCUCUGACUCUGUGCAAUAAUAAGCUCACAUGGCUGAGUAAGCCAACCACAUCCUCUGUUGCAGAUUCUGGAAGGACAAGUGGUGAUCAACACAAGUUGCAUGUAAGCAUAUAAGAUGUGCUUUAAUGGGCAAAUUUGGGCUUGAGUACAUCUGAAUCACUGUGUCUCUGUCUACCUGGUCUCUGAGCUCAAGGUGUUUUGAUUUAUAAAUGGUACUUUGCUUGUGUCUUGACUUCUUGGUCCCUUAGUCAACCUGGACUUUCCAGUAGUUCUCUGUUAUUAGAGCCAUAUUAUCUGAACAAAAGUAGUGCUGAGGUGGUCAUUAAUGGUUUUUACACUCGAAUGUCAAAGAGCCUGGUGUACUCUGUUAUGUUUAUAAACCAAUAUAUCUGCUGGAACAUAGUUCCACUUGUGUUGCCAGCUGACCAUAUACAUAUAGUCUGAAUUGAUUGAACAUUAUUUGGGUACAUCAAGUGGAAUUAGUCUCCCAUAAGAUAUGGUAUGAUAAAAGAAUUUGGUAUGUAUCAGCAACUUGAUUAAGGUUCACCAGAUUUUUUUAGAAUACAUAUAAAAUAGUCUCCAGACCUGCUCCAUCACACUGUCCAUUUAUGUUUGACAUUCUGAUAGUCAAAUGUUACCCCAUGGCUAUGACUGAUCAAGGCAGCUCUGUUUAGACAUAAAUGAGUUAGGUAAACUAUGCUUGUAUUUCAGCCCAUUUUUUAUAUUGGGACAUUUCCAUUGUGAGAUUUUUUUUCAUAUUUCUAUCACUUGGUAUGUUUAGAUACUUGGUGAGUGUGCAACAUUCCUCUAGCAGCUCAAGAAAUUAAAAUGCAAAUUCUAGUUCCUGUUUUGUUAAAUGAAUGGAGUCUUCAAUAAUCAAAGAAACAGAAUAUUCUCUAGAAGAUUAGGGUAGUGACAUUUAAGAAUUAAGACUGCUGAUAGAGUUCUUAUUCUUAACAUAAAAGUGUGCAUGUAGAUAGUUAUAUAAUUGUAUAUAUACUUAUCUACACACAUGGUUGAUUUUAUUAUCUUUUUCAUUCAUCUUUAUAAUGAGAGCUUUACAAUAAAUUUUAUUUUAGUUAUUAAAACACUAAUAUUUUUAAGAGAAGGAAGCAAAUAUUUUAUGUCCUUCUGCUAAAAAUAAGUCAGUCUUCUACCCUCACUACAGGCACACUCAUAUUCUACAUAUCUUGGCCACAUUAACCAAACAAUAACCAAAAUAUUUAAAGGUACCAUUCACAGUACCAUUACUGUAUUAUAGUAUUUAGUCAGAAGCAUGAUAUAGCUCUGAAUAUUGAAGAGUUUGUUGAUUGCCCAUGGCUUUUAUAAGAUUAAAGGAAGAAACAUUUGUUGAUUCUCUGGAAAAUAGAUUUCAACAACAACAAGUGCAACAGUAGCAUUAAAACCUAAGUUUACAACACACACCCUGUUAUGCUCUAGAUGAAUACGUAUAGAAUCUUUCCACUGGAUACCAGUGAAAUUUUUUAAAGGCUUUGGGAAUUUUUUUGUAUGGUAAUUUUUAAAACAAAAUGUGUUCUCUUCAAACUAAUUAAUGGCUUGAGGUUUUCCAAGAAGCGCAUUUUAAAAGUGUUUGUACACAUUUUAACACUUGAAUAUUUUGUAUUUUGUUUUUG